AGACUACACAAUUUUAGUUUAAGAUUAAAAUGAGAAGAGGUAUUUUUAUUGUAGAAUAUGAAGCAUUGUGAAUGCGGUUAAAUGAAUUUCUUAAAGUUUGGAAUAUACUAUAUUUUUCUGAAUUACACACGAUAUAAAAAUUAGUAGUAUUUGAAUAUUAUUAAGUGCAUUCGUUAUAUCAUUGAGAAAAUAAAGCCUACUCGGCAUACAAAAUGGCUUUGCCUCCGAACUAUAAGCAAGUAGCAAUGGCUACUUCAAAUAUUGUUGCAUCUAAUCAAAGACUUAGAGCUUCUGGUGGAAGUAGUAGUAGUUCAACUAAUAGUAAAGAUGCACAAAGCCCAUUUAUUCAAACGCCUCAUAGUCAUCCAGGAUUUACACCACAGAAAGUUGGAAAAAAUACAAAUGCUGAUUCUCGUAUGCCUAAACCACCUAAGCCACCAGAAAAACCUCUUAUGCCUUACAUGAGAUAUAGUAGAAAAGUUUGGGAUCAAGUGAAAGCUCAAAAUCCAGAAUUAAAAUUAUGGGAAAUAGGAAAGAUUAUUGGACAAAUGUGGAGAGAUUUACCUGAAGAAGAUAAAACUGAAUUUAUUGAAGAAUAUGAAGCAGAAAAGGUUGAAUAUGAGAAAAGUUUAAAAACUUAUCACAAUUCACCUGCAUAUUUAGCUUAUAUUGCCGCUAAAAAUAGAGGGAAAUCUGCAUUAUGUGCAGCACAACAAAAUAAUGAUGAUCGAGAGAGUCAUGAACGUUCAUCUGGCAGUACCAAAGGACAAGCAGCACAAGAUAGAAGAAUAGAUAUUUUACCUGCAGAAGAUGAUGAUGAUCAAGAUGAUGGAUAUUCUGUAAAACAUGUUGCGUAUUCCCGAUAUACUCGAAAUCAUCGUCUUAUUAAUGAGAUAUUUAGUGAUACUGUAGUUCCUGAUGUUCGCUCUGUUGUUACUACACAACGAAUGCAAGUAUUACGUCGUCAAGUACAAUCUUUAACAAUGCAUCAGAAAAAGCUAGAAGCAGAAUUGCAACAAAUAGAAGAAAAAUUUGAAGCAAAGAAACGUAAAUUUAUUGAAACGAGUGAAAUAUUCCAAGAAGAAUUAAAAAAACAUUGUAAACCAGCUGUAGAUGAAGAAACAUUCAAUAAAAUGGUAGAACGACAAUAUGAAACGCUUAGACGAGAUAGAUUAAAAGGUGCAGAAGAAAAUCGCUCAGAUGGACCUGCAUCAAGUGAAUCAACUCCAAAUUCUACUCCUACUCCAACUCCUGCUCCUAUUAAUGAUGAAACACCAUCUGAUGUUACUGACAAUGAUACAAUAGAUAAAAAAUCAAAUGGUUGUGAAAAAUCUAAUAAUGAAAUUAAAAAAGAAACAUCUUCACCACCAUAUACUGAAAAUAAGCCAGAACCUUCAUCUCAAGGAAAUGUUAAUCAACAUACAUCCAACUCUGGCAUGUAUAGUGGAACUAUUAGUCCAAUACAACAGCAGCAACAGCAGCAGCAGCAGCAGCAAACGCCGCCACCACCACUACCACAACAACAGCAGCAGCAGCAACAACAACAACAACAACCACCGCCACCUCCACCACCUUCGCAAUCACAGCCACAACCGCAACUACAACUACAACCACAACAACAGCAGCCACCACCAAUACAACAUCAACAGCCACCAUCUCAACAACAUCUACAGCAUCCACAGCCACCACCACCGCCUCAACAACAACAACAACAACAACAACCAUCGACGCAACAAUCACAACCAUCUUUACAAUCACAGCAACCUGCUACUACAACAGUUGCUGCUGUAGCAGUAGUUGCUAAUACAAAUGUAACUGCAAAUACACCGAAUAUGCCGCCUGUUUCUUCACCGGCUCCUCUUAUACAACACAAUCAUCAUCAACAAGGAAUGUUAGCUAAUCAUUCAAUACCACCUCAUCAAGCAACACAAGGAACCCAAGGAACGCAGGUGCUUCCACCUCAAGGACCAGUUUCUAAUCCACAUACUCCCCAGAUGAUUCCACCGAAUCAAGGCUACAGUCAAUAUCAACCAGGACCUACUCAACAGGCUCAAAAUGUUCCAUUAGCUCCAAGACCUCCACAUCCAUCUUAUGCUUAUCCUCAGCAACAACCAUAUCAUCAACCAUAUCCUCAAUAUCCACAUCCAUAUUACCAUCAGCCAUAUUCGCAAUAUUCACCACAUACUAUGGGUCGCCCACACAGCCAUGGACCUCAUAGUCCACACAGCCCUCAUUAUCAUCCACAAUCUCCUCAUGCUGUUGGAGAAAAUAAUACUACUAAUAACAGUGUACCUGGUUCAAACACUGCUUCUGUACCAACUUCUGAUGCCAGUAAUUCAUCUUACUCAUCAGUAUCGGGACAUUGUGAAAAUGAACGUUCUGUUGCUUCAGAAGGUCAAGAAGGUCAAGCAGAUAUGAAAUCAGGAUCUGGUUAAUUAUUUUUUAUAACUGCAUACAUCUAUUUAUAGGUUUCCCUUAAUUUUGUGUAAACCAUAAAAUUACAUUUAAAUAAUAUUGAUGCAUUUAAACAGUUACAAUAAAUUUGUCAUAUUCACUCAGUUUGUACAAUAAAAAUGCAUUAUUAAUCUUUUUUU